CUUCAAAUCUCAAAUCUCUUUUGAUUACCUCUUCUUCUCAUCUCACCAACCUUCUUUGACUCACUCUAAUCAAAUCUAAUGGCUUCUUCUAAUAAUGGGAACAAAAAACAUAUGUAAAAUUAUUUGUAGAGACGGAACGGAGGAGAGUUUCAGUUUCAGAGAGAGAAGGAAGCCAUGGAAAGGCUCCUCUCCUCUUCGUCUACAACCCCUUCUUUGAAAUUCCAUUUCAAGGCCUCUCCUUUCCUUCCUCGUUUUGACUCUACCAAACUCAGUCUUCUCCCUUCUUCACGUCCCCAGUUAAGGCGGCUCAACUCGCUGUUCUGCAAAUCUCAAGGUUCUUCUUUUUCGUCGUCAUUUUCUACGCCGUCGAAAAGUUUACAGGCUCUCUGUUUUUCGUCGUCUUCUUCUUCUUCUUCCCCUGAUGACUCUUCUAACGAGUCGGUGCCCGAAUCUCAGAAUCUCAAACAGAUAUCAAAUGGGUAUUUUGAGAGAAGCAAGGCCACUACUGCAGGGGUAUACAUUAUGCUUUCUGCGCUCGCUAUGAUCUUAAUUCAACCAAUUUUCGCACCUGCAGCAUUUGCAACUUUUCAAACUGCAGCUAGGACAGGUGCCCCUGCCGCUGCUGCUGCAGUUGGGGGGGCACUCAUCCGGACUGAACUACUAAGUAGUGCAUGGACUGGUUUCUUUGCUGGUUGCUUACACACUUUGUCAGGACCGGACCAUCUUGCUGCUUUGGCUCCUCUUUCAAUUGGGCGUUCCUGGAUGGAAAGUGCAGCUGUUGGAGCCCUAUGGGGCUGUGGGCAUGAUGCUGGUCAGGUUAUUUUUGGAUUAAUAUUUCUGUUACUCAAGGAUCGGCUUCAUAUUGAAAUUAUCCGAAAUUGGGGAACAAGGGUAGUAGGCCUUACACUUCUUGUCAUUGGUGCUAUGGGCAUUAGAGAAGCUUCAGAAGUUCCUGCUCCAUGUGUUGCAUUAGAAAAUGGAGAAUGUGAUGUUGGCGUUUAUGAAACUCUUCAAAACCCCUCAAUUGGUAAGAAGAAGAUUGGUUUUGCUACUUUUGCCACUGGAAUUGUCCAUGGGCUGCAGCCAGAUGCACUGAUGAUGGUCUUGCCUGCUCUUGCUUUACCUUCUCGUGUGGCUGGUGCUGCCUUUCUGAUAAUGUUUUUGGUCGGGACUGUAGUGGCAAUGGGAAGCUACACAGUAUUCAUUGGAUCAUGUAGUCAGGCUUUAAAGGAUAGGAUUCCCAGAAUUACUGAGAAACUGACAUGGGCGUCUUCCAUCGUAGCCAUUGCUCUUGGAUUUGCCAUCAUUAUCAGCCAGUUCUUUGGGUACAGCCUUUAUUGAUUUUCUGACUUUGGUUUCUAUAUUCAUAUUUUGCGAGCCUGGAGUGUUGGAAAAGAGAUCUUUGAGAGGACCAACUUCAUCAGGGUCAUCAUCUUUUGUCAUUGAGAGUAAUUGAGUUUGCCACUUUACCUUAUAAAAGCUUACAAGUUUCAGUAUACAGAGGAAAGCCUUGUGCAUUUGUAAUUCUUUUAUGGUAGAGAUCGGAAUUCUUAAUAGCUUUUGCUUUAUUUUUUAUAAUGUGAGAUACUAAGAAUGAUGCAAUUUUAACCUUUUCCCCCCCCAACAAA